ACGGGUAAAGAUGAGGUGGUUCUUAGGCGCACUAUCGGCUUAAAAAAGGAAGAUUAUUCCUUAGAUAAAAAAACUGCGACGAAAAAUGAUGUAAUGAAUUUACUUGAAAGUGCCGGAUUUUCUCGUUCCAAUCCUUAUUACAUUGUCCCACAAGGAAGGAUCACUGCUUUGACGAAUGCUAAAGAUCCAGAACGAUUGCAAUUAUUAAAAGAAGUUGCUGGCACAAGGGUAUAUGAACAACGGAGACAAGAGAGCAUGAAAAUCAUCGAAGAAACAGAUUCUAAAAGAUCAAAGAUCGAAGAACUUCUCACUUACAUUGAAGAACGUCUUGAAGAACUUGAAGAAGAAAAAGAGGAACUGAAAAAUUUUCAAGAAAUGGAUCGUGAAAGACGGUGCUUGGAAUAUUCAAUAUUUCAUCGUGAACAGACUGAUAUACUUCGUCAGUUGGCCGAGAUGGAUGAACAACGGGAAAAAGGUGUCCAUGGUUCGAAUCAACAAAACAUGGAAUUCAAUGAUCUUGAGCAAGAGAUUACAAACAUUGAGCGUGAAAUGGCAGAACUCCAAGAAAAAAUUGAACUCUUGAGAGUGGAAAAGAGGGAGCUUGAUGAAGACAUGCAAGAACAGAUUAAAGUCCACGCACAAAUUGAGUUGGCAAUUAAAGAUAUGGAAGACACCGCACAACAAAAUAAAGAAACAAAAAGAAGAAGAGAGUUGGAAUUACGAAAUAUAAAAAUGAAUAUAGAUCAAAAAGAAGCAGAGCUGGAUAGCAUAAUACCAAUUUAUGAAAAGGAGGUUACUGAAGAAGCUACAAUAAAGGAAAGAUUGGAUGAAUCUGAAUUGCACCGUCAAGCGCUCUACUCUAAACAAGGGCGUAGUUCACAGUUUCGUUCGAAAGCGGAAAGGGAUAAGUGGUUAAGAAAAGAAAUAAAAGAGAUCGAUGACACAAUGAUUGCACAAAAACAACAGGCUGAUGAGCUAGAAAGCCAAAUACGAGAUAUUUCGGAAAGUAUAGACAGAGUGAAUAAUGAAAUAUACGAUACAAGGAAUAAGCUAGAACAGCGAAAAACGACUAUUGAAGAAUUGGGCAAUGAAUACAAUGACUUAAAGUCUCAACGAGAUAAAUUAAUAGAUCAACGAAAGGAACUAUGGAAAGAAGAUGCGCAAUUAGAGACAAAAUUGGUCAAUGCACGAGAGCAAUGGAAAAAAUAUGAGAGAGCCUUAGCUAGUUCCAUGGAUAAGAAAACCAACAAUGGACUGAAUUCUGUGAAAUGUAUCACCGAACAGUUUAGGAUUGAAGGAGUUUAUGGGCCACUUUACGAAUUGUUUGAAUGCACAAAUAAUUCUAUGUGGACAGCAGUAGAAGUCACUGCUGGACAAAGUUUGUUCCAUGUAGUUGUUGAUACAGAUGACACAGCUACUAGAAUUUUAGAUGCUCUCAAUCGUGAACAAAAUGGGCGUGUAACCUUUGUGCCGUUAAAUCGGUUGAGAACUAAGAAUUAUGAUUACCCUGAGUCUGAAGAGUUUUUACCCAUGGUCAAUGUUGUCGAAUUUGAUAAAACGUAUACAAAAGCAAUAGUACAAGUGUUUGGUCGUACUAUAAUUUGCAAUGACUUAGAAACGGCAUCUAAGUUAUCUCGAGAAUACGAUUUGAAUGGUAUUACAUUGGAUGGUGAUCAAGUUGACAGAAAAGGUGUGCUUACCGGUGGAUAUCAUGACGUUCGUCGCAGGAGGCUAGAAGCAGCAACAAAUAUGAAAAAAUGGAGAAAAGAAUACACAGACCUGGAACAGCGAUCCAGAAAUGUUGAGGCUAAAAGACGACAAGCUCAAGAUAGUCGUGAUCCUCUUAUGUUCGAAUUGAAUUCAAAAAUAAAGGAGGAGGCAAAUUUGAAAGAGUCAAAAAGCAACAAAGAAAAAUCAUUGUUGAAUAUUCAAAGCAGUAUUAAGAUGUUAAAUGCACAAAAGCAAGCUCACCAAGCGGAAAUGAGUACUGAACUGGCCCAAAAUCUAACUCUACAAGAGCAACAGCGACUUGAAAGGUUGAAUGUUGAAGUUGAGCAGUUGAGUGAAAAAUUAUACAAGCUGUCGACAUCAAGAUCUGAGCUUGAGGGACGGAAAAAUGUAUUGGAGAAUGAAUUGGAUGCGAAUUUGAAAAGGCGCUACGAAGAGUUAUUAAUUCAAAUUGAUAGUCUAACUACAAGCGAAGAUGAUCAAAUCCGCAAUAACAAAAAUGAAAUCGAGGAACUCAUUAACGAAAUGUCUAAUCGGUCGAAAGAAAUCGAGAUAGAAUUGCAAGACCUCUCGACGGAACUAAGUCAGAAGACUUCUAAAUCCGAAGCAUUAAAAACUGAACAAAGCAAUCGGCAGCAAAAGUUGGAGCGGCAGCAAAAGAAUGUCGACAAAUUUCUUUCAAAAAGGAAAUUAUUGUUACAGAAGAAGGAUGAAUGCACUAAAAAUAUUCGUGAACUUGGUGCACUACCAGAAGAGGCGUUUGAAAAGUAUAAAAAUACAGACCCUACAAAGCUUCUGAAACAAUUGCAUAAAGUAAAUGAGGGUUUGAAAAAGUACAGUCAUGUUAACAAGAAAGCAUUUGAGCAAUAUAACAAUUUCACCAAGCAGAGAGACACACUUACGAAAAGAAAGGACGAAUUAGAUCAAUCAAAGAGGGCUAUAAAUGAUCUAAUAACCGUAUUAGAUCAGCGAAAGGAUGAAGCAAUUGAACGUACUUUCAAACAGGUAGCAAAGUAUUUUGCUGAAAUAUUUGAAAAACUGGAACAAAUGGAAGAUGUCGAUGAACGGGAAGAUCGUGAAGGUGGAUCUGUAGAUAGCUAUACUGGUGUUGCAAUCAAGGUCUCGUUUAACAGUAAAACAGACGAAGGCCUUCGUAUGCAACAACUGUCUGGUGGACAAAAAUCUUUGGUUGCACUCACCCUAAUAUUUGCAAUACAACGAUGCGAUCCAGCGCCUUUUUAUUUAUUUGAUGAGAUUGAUGCUGCGCUUGACGCACAAUAUCGUACUGCUGUUGCAUCGAUGAUCCAUGAAUUGAGUGAAAAUGGGCAAUUUAUUACUACAACUUUCCGCCCAGAAAUGCUUACAAAUGCCGAUAAAUUUUAUGGCGUAACAUUUUCAAAUAAAGUUUCACGUAUUAGUGUUAUAACUAAGGAGGAUGCGCUUAAUUUUAUCACACAGGUAGAGACGAUCAAUUAG